UAUAGUUGAGGCCUGGGGUUUCGCGGGUUUCGCUUCUCCGGAAUCAGAAAUCUCUGAGAAUUGGAGGCGGUAACAUUUCGAUGGAUAUCCAUCCAUAGCUGAAUGGAUCGACCACCAAACACCGAAUCUUUUUCUAUCAACAACUUUACCAUCUUUCUCUCUCUUCUAAUCCUCCUUUUCUUAUGCUCUGUAAUCGUGUAACCUUCUUGUCUCUCCACCAUUUUCUUACAACCUCUCUCGUUUUUUUCCCCUCAAUAUAAUCGCCCCUCGCUGCCUACUUCGAUUUCCUGCCCCUCACGUUUCACCUUCUUGCCGGGCAUUAGGAGAAGAAUCGAAAUAUGAGUGCUUGAUUCAUCUCUUUAAUGCGUAACCUGUUUCAAUUAACAAACCCAAAAACACGCCAUCAUGUCCGGACCGAUAUUUUCCAAACCAGGGUCUGAUCUUGAGAGCUCUGAGGAUGAGAGGAAUACAUCCAUUGGAUCCUUCAAGCAGAAGGCAGCCCUUGCCUCCUCCAAGUUCAGGCAUUCUAUGACACGAAGGGGUAGGAGAAGUAGUAGAGUCACAUCUAUGAGAAUUGAAGAUGUGCAUGACACAGAGGAGCUGCGGGCUGUCGAUUCCUUUCGCCAAGCAUUGAUUUUGGAGGAGUUACUAUCUUGCAAGCAUGAUGACUAUCACAUGAUGCUCAGAUUCUUGAAGGCCAGGAAGUUUGAUAUUGAGAAAACAAAGCAAAUGUGGACUGACAUGCUCCAAUGGCGUAAAGAAUUUGGUGCUGACACCAUAAUGGAGAAUUUUGUAUUCGAGGAGCUUGAUCAAGUCUUAGAUUAUUAUCCUCAAGGGAAUCAUGGUGUAGAUAAGGAAGGAAGGCCAGUAUAUAUUGAGAAAUUGGGCAUGGUGGAUCCCACCAAGUUGAUGCAAGUCACUGAUAUUGAACGCUAUCUGAAAUACCAUGUACGAGAGUUUGAGAGGACAUUCGCGGUAAAGUUUCCUGCCUGUUCAAUAGCUUCCAAGAGGCACAUUGAUCAAAGUACAACAAUCUUGGACGUUCAGGGAGUGGGACUUAAAAGCUUCAACAAGACUGCUCGGGAACUCAUCUCCCGCCUUCAGAAAAUUGAUAGCGAGAACUAUCCGGAGACCUUAAAUCGUAUGUUCAUCAUUAAUGCUGGUUCCGGAUUUAGAAUGCUGUGGAACACAGUAAAAUCUUUUCUAGAUCCUAAAACCACUGCAAAGAUCCAUGUUCUUGGAAAUAAAUACCAAAGCAAAUUGCUGGAAAUUAUUGAUUCCAGUGAAUUGCCAGAGUUUCUUGGAGGCACCUGUACCUGUGCUGAUCAAGGAGGGUGCAUGCGUUCUGAUAAAGGUCCAUGGAAGGACCCAAAUAUAUUGAAGAUGGUCAGCAAUGGAACCCAUAAAUGUUCAGUGAUAUCUAGGGACAACGAGGAAGCACUUCCUGAUUUUAAGGAUGUUUGCUCCAUCUCCUCCAAACAUCCUUUUAAUCACGUUCAGCGUCCACUCCUGUCUCCUCUCCAUGAGGUUUCAAUUACCAAGAAUAUUCGUGUGGCAUACAAUGAGGAUUGUGUCCCCGUGGUUGAUAAAACAGUGGAUUUUGCAUGGAAAAAUGUGUCAAAAAAGAGCAUGCCAGCCUCAUCCAACGCAAUGGAUUUUGAUAUGGCUAGUUCAGGCGAGGUCCCUGGGGGUCUUAAAUCAAAGAUUUUGGCUAGUGUUUUGGCCUUCAUCGUGGGAAUUUCUGCUACGGUGAGGUUGGCUCGCACCAUGCCUAACAAGCUGACCAAUGCCUCCAUAUACUCCAAACCAUUUUACUAUGUCGACGACUCUAACAUGCUCAAGGGUCAGCCACCUUUAUUUGAACCCUUGCCUGAUUACAUGUCAACCGUAAAACGCAUGGCUAAAUUGGAAGAGAGAGUCAAUAACUUGUGCUCUAAACCUGCUGACCUGCCUCGCGAGAAAGAGGAACUACUCAAUGCUGUAACAAGCCGUGUUGAAGCCCUUGAACAGGAUCUUCUCGCAACCAAAAAGGUUCUGGAGGAAACACUAGCUAGACAAGAAGAGAUUUUUGCUUAUAUUGAGAAGAGGAAGAAAAAGAAGAAACUGUUAUCGUUCCCCUGGUGAUGGGAUGAAAAUGAUCAGCCACGAGGCGUGGGGCGAUCGCCUUGAACAUCCAUCUCUGCACUAUGUGUUAGAAUCAGAGAUCUGGUGAAGUCAUUUUAAUUUAUGUACACAUUAUUUACUUAUAACGUAAAAUUAAGUCCUAGGUAACAAGAAGAAAUCCCAUUAUCCUUAAAUGUGAUGGGUGAUGUAAAUUAAUAAAGUUUCUGCAAGAAAUGAAAUUGAA